AUGGCUGCGUCUCGGAUGCAAAGGUGGGCGUUAAUCUUGUCAGGCUUUAAUUAUAGAAUUGAAUACGCAAAGGGAACAUUAAAUAAUGCCGAUGGUUUAUCACGCAUGUCACAAUCAACAAUUGGUGAAACUGAUCAAGAUCCUAGCUAUAUUAGUUACGUAGGUUUUGUAAAUGCGUUGCAAUUAGAUUAUAAAGAUGUUGCAAAAGAAUCUCGCCGAGAUCCGGUACUGUCAAAAGUAAUUGAUGGUGUUCAAAAUGGCACAGUAUCUCAGUUAAAAAGUAAAGAGUUUGAACCCUUUCGUUUAAAAGCACUUGAGCUAACUGUAGAAUCGGGUUGUCUUUUGUGGGGAUACAGAACUGUAAUUCCCUUGAAAUUCCAAAAAACUGUAUUGGGUAUAUUACACGAGUCUCAUUUAGGCAUUGUAAAGACAAAUAUGCUAGCGCGUUCAUACAUAUGGUGGCCUAAUAUAGACAAAGAUAUAGAAGCGUUAGUUAAGGAAUGUGUUUCUUGUCAAAGGACACAGGAAAACCCUGAAAAGAGCCCACUAAUUCCAUGGAUCAUCUGUAGAUUCGGAUUAUUCGAUACGUUGGUUAGUGAUAACGGUAGGCAAUUCACAUCGUCAGAAUUUAAGAAUUUCACAAAGAAAAUUUGUAUAACCCAUAUUUUUACGGCACCUGGCCAUCCAGCCACAAACGGUCAAGCCGAAAACUUUGUAAAAGCGUUAAAAAAGUCAUUGUACGCUAAUCUAUCAUCCAAUGAUAAAAUCGAAUUUGAUACUGCUUUACAUCGCUUUCUCUUUGAUUAUCGCAUCUCUAAACAUUGUACUACAAAUGAGUCAUCGGCUAAGUUAUUAUUAGGUAGAGAAUUAAAGUCUCGUUUCAACUUAUUAAAACCACCAAUUACGAAAGCCAUAAUUGAAGCAAAGCAACAUUCAAUGAUUGCAAAUUUUAGAGGCAAACGAAAUAUUAAGCUUUCACACGGGCAGAAGGUUUAU